GAGAUCCUGACGACUCGUGUGUUCGUCGAUCUACGUUUUCCCUGGCAAUUUUCGACACAAGAACAAUCCAGCUGCUACUGCUAGGUAGAUCGACAUGGGUUCCCUGAUGGCUGGGUGGAGCUCACACGUGCUCCAGGACGACAACAAAGUUGGUUUCAUGAGGAACCGGUCGCUGACCAAGGAGGAGGUGAAGGCCUUCUGGCGGCAGCACAAGAAGCCGGAGGUCGACAACGACGGCGGGACCGUCGAGGUCACCCCGCCGCCGCUUGCUUCAUCUCCACACCCGGAGAGCCCGAGGUCGCUGCGUCCGUCCACUCUGUCUCACGUCCGCUCAUCGCCGCCGGAGAUGACUCGCACCGACGGCGGCGACACCGACGCUGCUGAUAGCCCCAGCACGAGCCGCGACUGGUGGACGAGGAGCAGCUGGGCGUUCCUCAACGAGCCGCCGCCGCCGCCACAGCGCGCAGGAGGAGGCGUUGGGCAAGGCGCCACCGCCGCCGUCUGACCCUACUUAUCGUGCUCGUGCCACGACUCACCAUAACCGGCGACGCCGAACCAACAGUCGUACACGUGCUUAACUAAUAAGUGGCAGUACUGCCACCUUCUGUACGUGCGCCGGUCGAUCUGAUGCGGAGCGGAGACCUGCUAAACUAGCUAGCUAGCUAAGCUUGAUAUUCGUCUAAGUACACCCCAAACCGUAUGAGCGGUAGCUAUCAUGCGUGUAGCAAGUAAAUUACGUUGUAAUCUUUGUGAAUCUCACGGUUAUGGCGCAGCGGCCAAUACUAAUUGUUGGUGCCUCUUUGUGAAUC